AUGACGGCGCAACCUCAUUUCCUUCUGCUGACAUAUCCUGCACAAGGUCACAUAAAUCCUGCCAUCCAAUUUGCCAAGCGUCUGACAAGUAUUGGUGCUCGGGUCACUUUUGCUACCGCUCUCUCUGCUCAACGCCGUAUGUCGAACACUGUGUUUCCUGACGGUUUGUCAUUCGCUACCUUUUCGGAUGGCUACGAUGAUGGGUUCAAGCCUGGAGAUGACCGAGAUCAUCAAAUGUCUGAGCUCAAACGUCGAGGCUCUCAAACUCUCAAUGACGUUAUCGUGGAGAGUGCAAAAGAGGGAAAACCCAUCUGUUGUUUGGUGUACACGAUGCUUCUAAAUUGGGCGACGGAGGUGGCACGUGCACAUCACCUUCCUGCGGCCCUUCUCUGGAUUCAGCCUGCAACUGUUUUUGACAUCUAUUACUAUUACUUCAAUGGUUAUGAUGAUAUCUUCAGUAAUUGCAGUGAGAAUUCGUAUGUUGUUGAAUUACCAGGACUCCCACCAUUUACUAGCCGCGACCUUCCCUCGUUUUUACUUCCUUCAGAUACUUAUACUACGGCACUCCAGUCUUUUAGAGAACAACUAGGGCAGCUCUGUCAGGAAACCAACCCAAAGGUACUUGUCAACUCUUUCGAUGCAUUGGAAUUGGGAGCUCUUAAUGCAACUGGAAAGUUCAAUUUGGUUGGAAUCGGGCCAUUAAUUCCAUCUGCUUUCUUGGAUGGAAAAGAUCCAUUGGAUAAAUCUUUUGGAGGGGAUCUUUUCCAAGGUUCCGAGGAUUACACUGAAUGGUUGAACUCAAAGCCUAAAUCAUCAGUGGUUUAUGUAUCGUUUGGAAGCCUUUUGGUGUUAUCAAAGCGACAAAUGGAAGAGAUUGCUCGUGGGUUGGCAGAGAGUGGUGUUCCAUUCCUGUGGGUUAUAAGGGAUGAACAGAAUAAGAAUGAAGAGAGAGAAGAAGAAGACCAAUUGAGAGCAUGUAGAGAGGCAAUAUUGGAAAAACAAGGGAUGGUAGUACCAUGGUGUUGUCAAGUGGAGGUUUUGUCCCAUCCUUCGAUUGGAUGUUUUGUGACACAUUGUGGGUGGAACUCAACUUUGGAGAGCUUAAUUUCAGGGGUUCCAGUUGUGGCAUUUCCACGCUGGACAGAUCAAGGAACCAAUGCCAAGUUGAUUGAAGACGUGUGGAAAACAGGGGCGAGGGUGGUGGCCAAUGAGGAAGGGGUAGUUGAAGGUGAUGAGAUUAAGAGGUGUUUGGAUUUGGUUAUGGCAAAUGGAGAGACGGGAGAAGAGAUCAGAAAGAACGCUAAGAAAUGGAAAGAUUUAGCAAAAGAUGCUGUCAAGGAAGGUGGUUCCUCGGAUAAGAAUCUAAAGGCUUUUGUGGAUGAGGUUGGCAAAGGAUGUUUGUAG